AUGGAGGUCGUUGCUGAAGCACUCGUAUCGGCUUCCGUUGAAUCGCUGUUUAAAAUGUUGGGCUCUAGUGAUUUGCUCAAUUUUGCUCCAAAGAAGAAGAUCCAUGCCGACCUAAAGAAUUGGGAGACGACUCUGAGGAGAAUCAAUGGUCUGCUCCAGGAUGCUGAAGAGAAGCAAUUAACUGAUAAGGGAGUGAAGAUAUGGCUUGUUGACCUUCAAAACUUGGCCUAUGACAUUGAAGAUGUAUUGGAUGAGUUUGCCACCGAAACUUUGAAGCGCAAGGUUAUGAAAGAUUCUCACGCAAGCACAGAGAAGUUGCACAAACUCAUACCCUCUUGCUCAGAUAAGUUGCAAAAACUCAUACCCUCUUGUUCUUGUUCUUUUGCAUUCAAGAGCAAGAUGGCAUCCAAGAUAGAUGAUAUCACAGAACGAUUGCAGAAUAUUGCACAGCAAGAGCAAUCGCUCAAUCUGAUGACGAUAGCUAUUGGGAUGAGGUCCAAAGAGCAGAAAGAAAGGCCAUCAACAACUUCUUUGGUAGAUGAAUCGCAUAUUUAUGGCAGGAAUGACGAAAAAGAAGCUAUUGUUCAGAUGUUGCUGAGGGAUGAGGGCGGUAACAAUUCCAUUUCUGUGUUCCCAAUAUUGGGGAUGGGAGGAAUUGGUAAGACUACCCAAGCUCAGUUAGUCUACAACGAUUCUACAGUAAAAGACAAUUUCAACAUCAAGGAUCUGGAUUUAAAUUCACUUCAAGAAAAAUUGAAAGAAAAGUUGUUUCAGAAGAAAUUUCUUCUCAUCCUAGAUGAUGUUUGGGAAGAGGAUUACAAUCAAUGGGAUCUACUACGUGGACCUUUUGUUACUGUAGCACCCGGUAGCAAAAUAGUUGUCACCACCCGAAAGAAUAAUGUUGCACCAAUCAUGGGUGAUGUUUCAACUUUCCAUGUGGUGAAGGAGUUGCCAGAUGAUGAGUGCCUUUUGUUACUGGCCUGUCAUGCUUUGGGAGCAAAUAGCUUCGAUGCACGCCCAGAUCUAAAGGAUAUUGGUAAGGAGUUGGUGAAAAGGUGUAAUGGACUUCCGUUGGCUGCAAAAGUAUUGGGAGGUCUCUUGCGCAAUAAGCGAAGCCAUGGAGAGUGGGACCGCGUAUUGAGAAACAAUUUGUGGAACUCUCCAAAAACGAGGAACAGUGUUCAUCCGACUUUAAAAUUGAGCUACAAUGAUCUCCCUCCUCAUUUGAAGCGGUGUUUUAUUUAUUGUGCAAUAUUCCCCAAGGAUUAUGAAUUUGAUAGGGAUGAGUUGGUUUUGUUAUGGAUGGCAGAAGGCUUCUUGCAAAAUCCGCUUGGAGGGACGCUGAUGGAGGACUUGGGAAUUGAAUACUUUGAGGAUUUGGUAUCAAGGUCAUUCUUUCAGUCAUCGACCGGUAAUUUCAGACCAUUCUUUCAGUCAAAAUUAUUUGUGAUGCAUGAUCUCACAAGUGAUCUUGCUCAAACUAUUGCGGAAGAUAUUUGUUAUAAUUAUGAGAAUAAGACAAAGGUUGCAAGGGUGCUAUCUCUUGCUGAUUCCCCAACGGGAAAGCUAUCGAAUUCAAUUGGAGAUUUGAUACACCUACGGUUCAUCAACUUAUCUGACACAUUUAUUGAACAGCUUCCAGAGUCGGUGAGUAGUCUCUUUAAUUUGCAAACUUUGUUAUUGUUUUCUUGUCAUAAACUCAAGAAGUUGCCAGAUAAAAUUAGAAAUCUGGUGAACUUGCGGCAUCUUGAUAUUUCAUCGACACCUGAGUUAAAGAAGUUGCCAUCCGGCAUAGGUAUGUUGACCAAUCUUCAGACUUUAUCCAAGUUUAUUGUGCAAGAAGGGGAUGGAGCUACAAUCGCUGAACUCCAGAACUUGAACAAUCUUCGUGGCAGUUUAUCCAUUGAAGGGCUUCAAAAUGUACAAGACGCAAAGUUAGCAAGCUUAAAGGGGAAGCAAGGCCUCGAAGAAUUGGCAUUAAAAUGGGAUUAUUAUGGAGGGAAUGACGAGUCGGUGCUUGAACCACUUGAAUUAUAUGGCAGGGAUGAUUAUGGUAGGAGUCGCAUGUCGGUGCUUGAAUCACUUGAACCUCAUCAAAACUUGAAGAGGCUUACCAUUUCAUCCUACGAUGGUGCAGAAUUCCCAUCUUGGAUGACAAAUAUUCGUUUGGUUUCCUUAGAACUGUUGAAGUGUGAACAGAUCAAACUCUUACCCCCUCUUGGGCAACUUUGCUUACUCAAAGAGCUACGCAUACAUGGGUUGGGUGCAGUUAAAACCAUAGGUGGUGAGUUUUAUGGGAAUGGCGUAGAGUCAUUUCCAUCGCUAGAGAGGUUGGAAAUUGAUGAAAUGUCAGAGUGGAUUGAAUGGUCUCAUGGCAAUAUGGGUGGUGAUCAAGGAUUUCCUAAUCUUCAGGAGCUUAUUGUAUGUAAUUGUCCUAAGUUGAUUGGGAGUUUGCCAAGUGGAUUGCACAGACUUAGGCAUGUAUCUAAAUUGGAAAUCAUCGGAUGUGGAAGUCUGGUAUCGUUUGCUCCUAUGGGCUUGCCAUGUAGUCUAAAAAGCAUUAGAGUUAGAAAUUGUGAUGCUCUUCAAUGUUUCCCAAUAAUUUACACUGACGAUAGCGAGCAGAGCCUUCUUGAAGAACUAUAUAUUGGAUAUUGCUCUUCUCUCAAGUACUUGGAGGGAAACUUCAAGUUGCCUACCUCAUUAAGGAAAUUGACAAUCGAGAGGUGUGGAAAUCUAUUGUCUCUACCUGAUGGAUUGAUGUUGGAAGAUGACAACGCAAAUCAGUCUCAAUCUCAAUCUCAUCUUGACUAUUUGGCGAUUGAGGAAUUUUGCAAUUGGAAUCACCAUUUUCAGAGAAUAACACGGCACUUGAAUCAAUUGUAA